UAUAAAGCACGGCAGGGGACAGGUUUAACCUUCGUCGGAACCGAGAACACCCCGAGCUGUCGUGAUCAUCGUUCAUGGACCACACGGAGGCUCUGCCGGACGACGUGCUCGCAGCCAUCCUCAGCCGCCCCACGCGGCGGGACCUGGCGGCUUGCCGCCGCGUGCGUAGGGUGUGGCUCGCCAUCGUGGACGGGCAGCGGCUGCUGCCGCGCAACCACCACCUGCCGGACUCGGUCGAGGGGAUCUUCACCAACUACUGCAGCUACGACCGCCCGCACUUCCUCGGCCGCCCCUCCACGCGGCACCCCGGCGUUGACUACGGCAAUCUGCACUUCCUGCCCGGCUACGCGGAGGACAACAACAAGAUCCUGGACCACUGCAACGGCCUCCUCCUCUAUGGCGACGGCUACAACCUCUCCAACUGUGGCGGCAUGAGGGUGUUUUGCGUGGUUAACCCCGCCACACGACGGUGGGAGCGCCUCCUGGGGACGCCUGACGAAGAAAGCUCCACCGCGUACCUGACGUUUGAUCCUACAGUGUCGCCGCACUACACAGUGUUCUUGAUACAACCUAAGGAUCUAGGACUGUUCAACGUGAGGGACUGCGAGUCGGCAGAAGUAUUGCCAGAACAGCUCAUCGAGGAAAACUUCACGAUAAGUUGGUCUUCACGGAGCACGAGCAUGGACAUGGAGGCGCCACCACACUCGACCGAAUGGCCGCCGCCUGAGUUGGUGCUAGAUGUUUUCUCAUCGAGCACGGGACAAUGGCAGAGGAGGUCCUUUGCUAGGGAAGGUGGUGCUAUGACGAGAGCUGUAAAUUUGCGGGGUAGAGUGUGGUUCAUGUACAUGUUUCUGGUGUCAACAUGCAGAUGGCGCUACGGCGUGUACUGUCAUGGAGCAUUACAUGUGCUACUUUACGGCGGUGCAUUUGUCACCAGGUUCUCAUUGCCUAGUGGCAAAUAUAAAGUAAUAAGAACUCCAAUAGAUGCCAAUGAAGGCAAAGUUAGGAGGCAUUAUCUCGGAAGAUUGGAGGAGGAUGUGUACUUUGCAAAGAUCCAUGAUCAAAUCCGGAUUUGGACCCUGAGUGAAUCAAGCGGUCAGGUAGACUGGGUGUUCAAGAAUAGCAUUGACCUUGCAAAUAUAUCUUCACUCAGCCCGAAAGGAAUUUGCAAGCCUUGGAUCUUAGAUAACAAUCAUGUUCUCGACAAAUAUGGAAAUAACAAAAGCCUAGCGGGGCAAUGUUUUGAUUGGAGCUGGGACGAUGAUAAUAUUCUUAACACAAAUGAGCGUGGACAUCUUCGUGGAAACUUUCUAAUUGGAUUUCAUCCCUGUAAAGAGACAGCCUUCUUCUUGGUGGGGUAUUAUGAUGUAGUGGCUUACCAUUUGAACACCUCAAAAGUUCAGUACAUAGGUUAUCUCCGUCCAAACUCUGACUGCCCAACAUUGGGAAUAGACGAGUCAUUUCUAUACACACCUUGCAUGAUCGGAGAUAUUCCACUAAGUGCCUACUCCAAUAAAAAUGAAGAGGAAGCAGAUGAUGAAUAUGAAUACGAAUAUGAAGAUGAUGAUGAAGAUUAAGAUUAGUGUACAUAUAUCUAUGUCCCAA